CCUCAAUCUUACAAACCGCCACUUUUAGAAACGAUUUUUCCGGCGCGACCACAUUGCAUGCAUGUAUGAGAGGAAGGUCUGUGAGCUUAAAAUACUGGCAAGUGUUUGGUUAACGGGAACGUUUGAUAUUGCAGACUUUUGUUUCACUGCUGUUAGCGAAAGUUGCCUUUGAAUUUUUAUGAGUUGCUACUGUUGUUUUGGCGCGAGAUUUCGAGCGAACACGACAUGGCAUACGAGGAACGGCGAGUGAAAGUUGCGGUGGCAGUUCGAUCUUUAUCAGAAAAAGAAAGAACUGAAAACGAAGAAUAUGUUGUGGGGACGCAAGGCAAUGAAGUGAAAGUUCUUAACCCUGAAACUAGACGAGAAAAGUUGUUCAAAUUUGAUUACACGGUGAGUUAAUUCUGCAAAGGGCCUGACAUUUUCGUGGCAUAUUUGAAAUUCAGGGUUCGGCUCCGGGUUUGGCUCGGCUUAGCUUUAUGCUUGUAAACGGCUUAUCGUAUUGACCGCUCUCGCCAAGCAGCGCAUAUAAUUUCUUGCUUCUAAUUUCGUAGCAAAACUCUGAUCUUGAUUAAAAUAAAGUGAUGUUUUAAGUCAUUAACAUGAUUGAUAAUUUUAUCGACUAAUUAUUGUGGUGCUAUUGUUAUAUUUUGUCUCGCAGUUUUGUGACAAGACGAACGAAGACACCUUAAUUCCACAGACCAAUGCGAAGGUAAUUAAACGAUAAAGCUUUGGGUUUUAUAUAUUGGAUUUCGCGUUUUUUUUAAAUUUCAGACGAUGAAAUAACAUUAGCAAACACUGUGCUUAAAUAAUAGAAUGAGCUCACGCUGAGUUUAUGGUCUUCGCCCUUAGUUAAUUUUUGUUAACCCUGGUGAUUUUAAAGACUGCCGUGGACAUGUGAUAGAGAUUGAGGUGAAUGGCAGUGGCCAUAAAAAAAAGCGAUCAUAUCUUUCCACCGUUAACAUAAUUAAGUUACAGUAAUGUUAAAGGACAUCUUUUGUGAAUAAAUAUUGUAUCGCAUAUCCCUUGUUUCUGAUUUCCCGUUAAUUUUGCUUAGAGUGUAAACCGGAUACGCGAUUCAGUCGUGUUCCUAAAGCAAAACGAAAAUCUUGAAUAAACCGGAUGUUUCACAAUGUUUUUGUUAUUUCAUGGCGUGCCGAGAAAUUUAUCGAAUGCUUUAUCACGACAGGAAAGGCGAAGAUCAGGAAGUUUUGCGACUCACCAGAUGUACAUUAAAGCAAACUUUUUCACGGUAGUAUUUUAUCGCACACUCUCAAGAUCCGUGUAAUUUAAAGAUCGGGGUCAACUCCACUUCAAGCUGUUUGGGUGUACCGAACUCUUCACACAUAACGCGCCAAGAUAUCACAUUUUUCCUUUUUCGGUUUUUAUUAGUAAGUUACAAUUAUUAGUAUUGUGGUAUCUUUCAUAUAGCGCUACUCUUUGCUAGUCGUGGCUGAUUUGAAUAAAUCUUAGUUUAAUACGGAUUUUUUGCCCCUGUCAAGUUUUAGAAAGUAUGUAAAUAUUUUCUUUCACUUGACACCUCGAAAGAUCAGGUCCUAUGUGUCCUGAUUUACACACACCUUUGCCAAGUAAAUAGAUGUAAUUAAUGUUGGCAAUUAUGUCAGCCUUUUUGUCCAUAGUUAAUUUGUGUGGCAAUUGAACUCAAGGUAGUGUAGAUUUGCCUAGGAUUUUUAGAACCUAUGAAAGAUUUGUGUUAAUCAGGCACAAGAGAAAUAAUUUCAUUUCAUAAUUAUAUACUGGUGUGUGUAGGGUUUCAUAGUGUGCGACAAACAGAGACUGCAGGCUGGCAAGUAAAUGAAGUAAACAUUGUUCUAGAAUGCUCUAACAGAUUCCCUAUCCCUAAAUUAGACUUUUAAAUGACUUAAACUUUAGGGAUAGGGACUCUGUUAAAGCAUUCCACAACAAGGUUUUCCUCGUCUACCUGCAGUCUGCCUUUGUCACACACCGGAGGUUUCGUACUUCCUGUUUUGAAGGGGUAUGAUUUGACAGGGGUUAUGCAAAUUUAUUGAUCUUUCACAAUUUAGUAGCUGGAAAACCCUAGUUGCUAAGGUUUUAGGAACAUUUUCUUGAGGUCUGCACUUAGGCAGGGAUUACAUUAAAUUUUGAAGAUGUUAUCAUUUAAGCUGGCUUAAAGGUUUUGAUUUGAGACAAUUUCUGUAAGCAUUGAGGAAGUCCUAUCAGGGCUUAAACAUGUAUGUCCAUAGUCUGAAGUUUCACAUAUUGAGAAGGAAGCCAUCGCCCUUUCGGUAUUUUACUAUUGUAUUUGAGAUUUUUUCCGUCGUUGUCACAGUUUCAAUCCAGCUGUAUGUCACUAGUUGCCAUUUCAUGAUCUUUCAUCUGUGCUCAUGUUGCUGUUUCAAGGCCCAGUUGCUUGUUGGAGUUUUAUCCUAAGAAGGCAUUAGUCAAAGGAGCAAGCUAUUUUGAGCUUACAGUGUAAAUAGCGUAGUUACUAAAACAUGGAACGACCUAAAACCACCUAAAACCAUCUACAACCACCUACAACCACCUCACAAAAUUCAACAACCACCUACAACCAUCUACAACCACCUCAAAAACAUCUACAACCACUCGCAAACAAUCUAAAACCAUCUAAAACAAGGUAUAAAUGUCUGAAAUAAGGCGAGACAACAACAUGUCACAUACGUGAAAUACGAGAAUCGAACAAAACAUCCACUUCCCCCAUGAUAUGUCAUUUUCACCAGUCUCUUUUACUUUCCAAUCUUAGCAUCCGACCCCGGCCCACACUUUUCUCCACUAGCCUCUUUUUUUAGUCCUAGCCUCCCCCCCCCCAUUUUUUAGGGUGAACUAAAAUGUAGUCCCGCAGAAUCCUUUAGUCUAGUGUGAACGUAUCUCACCUGUAGAGCCUGAUUUUAUACAGCUAUUAACCCGUUUACAGUUGCAAGAAUUAGAAAACAUUAUAUAAUGAUAUUUGACAUUUUUUUCAGCAAAAUGAAUCAAAACGUUCAUACCAGUAACGGCCCUUGGCAGGGAGGGAACACCCGAAUAUGUGAUCCAAAUUUUUCGUUCCGUUUUAGCUCGUAAAGUUCCAGCUACUCUAGCCUGUGCCAGGCUCUCAGAUAGUAUAGUGGGGACGUAUUUACAACGAGCAAAGUGAAAAUAAGAAGCGCGCAUAUCCCAUCACUCCCAAGAAGAGUUGGGUUCCAAAACAUAAUAAAGGUAUUAAAAAUCCAGGUAAAUUACUUUAAAUACAAUCAUUCACUAUUAAAAUUUUUCAUACCAUUUUUAUUAAUUUAGGCUCGUCUUAACUUGUUUUCUUCUGAAUCCAUUGCAUUAUAGAUUUUUUUUUAAUAACAUUUUUAACAAUGAUUACACCUACUAGUCUCCGUUUCCUGUGUUGUGAUGCAAGGAUCGGGAGUUUAGCCUUGCAUGAUGACACAGGAAACGGGUGUGAAAGACACUAGGGUUCAUCUAAAGGAGUCAUCUGGAAUGUACAGACAUGUGCCGAUGAUAAACAGAUGCUAAAAAAAUUAAUUUGCUCUUAGGAAUGUAAUCCGCCACCUCAGAACAAAACAGCAGUGAAGCAGACUCCGAGAGAGAGAGAAACCCUACCUUGUGCCAUUACGCAAAAAAUGAAACGUGAACCAAAACAUCUCACUGGUACCCAGGGUACAAAAAGCUUUUCGACUACGAGUUUAUUAUUUUAUCUUAUUAUUUUUUGUGACUUGAUAGUUCAUUUUGGAAAGUUCUUUAAAUCUUUUAAUAUACUUAGCAUGAUCUCGCAUUUCAUUUUGUUACUUAAGCCAAUGUUUGAUGAUACAAGGGACCAGGCAGAGUAAGAUUUUGGGGGGAAGUGGAUGUUUUGUUCGAUUCUCGUAUUUCAUGUACGUGACAUGUUGUCGCCUCGCCUUAUUUCAGACAUUUAUACCUUGUUUUAUAUGGUUUUAGAUUGUUUGCGAGUGGUUUUAGAUGUUUUUGAGGUGGUUGUAGAUGGUUGUAGGUGGUUGUUGAAUUUUUUGAGGUGGUUGUAGGUGGUUUUAGGUGGUUUUAGAUGGUUUUAGGUGGUUUUAGGUCGUUCUAUGUUUUAGAAAAUACGGUGUAAAUAGACUUAUUUUCACUGCUGGAAACUGUCAUUGUGUAUGCAUGAUUACGUAAUCAUAAAUAAAAUUCUGGAGCAACCCACGGCGUGACAUGAUGUGUGAUAUGCAUGACUGUGUAAAUUAAUGUAUCUGAAAAGGACUAGAAUCCAAAGUGAACUUUAUAAAAGAAGUAGAAAGCAGCAGUACCCAGGUCAGAAAAAAAGGAUAAAAGCCAUCAUAGUGCAUUAAAUUUGGUAAUAUUGUCUAAUUAUAUGAAAAAUACUUUAUUGUGCAAGAAUUUCCCAAAUCUCCCCAACUAACCUGUGGUGUUUUUAUACUGUUCAACUGAACCCUAUAUUUUGAGCAGUAUUUUUUUAUGGCCUUUGUUUUGUUUGAAAAGUUGGUUCUAAAUUUUGAGCAUGCUAAUGAAAUUCUACGCAGGAUCUCUUCUGCAUUACAAUAUACCUUUCAGGGCCUAAAAAAAAUCCUGUGCAGUAGUCUGGGACAAGAAGAUUUUCUUGCUGGGCAAGUACACUUACUUUCCCAAUGGGGAAGGUUUCAGGCAAUUAAUUCUCUAAACAAAUUAUUAAGUAACAAAGAUGGGCAAGAAUUGGUCGUGGGCAAGCAAAAUGAUUGAGUUGCUUCCAAAAGAACAAGCUAGAGUUAUUCAAUUUUAAGCCCUGCCUUUAUAUGGUACCAUUACCACCUCUGGGAGAAAAAUGUGAAUAAAAGCAUACAGUAAACUCUGUUUAAGAAGGUUUGUUUCAAGAAAGGUCUCCUCUGUCUUAUAGAGUUGUCCAGAGACAUUAAUUACAAAAGUGUAUUUUAUUUAUCAUUUUUAUAAUAUUGUUUAUUUUUAACUUAUUCUGAUUCAUGUACUGUAAUAGAUCACCACGCCUAUAAAUAGUUAAAAUGGGAUCAAGUUAUAAAUUGGAUCAAUCUAUUCCAGUUCAAAUGCCUUUUUACAUUUCUAUGAUGAUGGUGCCUUUUUUUUGCAGGUUUUGGAAGAGGUUGGCCAGUUUGUACUCUCAUCAUGUUUUAGUGGUUAUAACAGUUGUUUGUUUAGCUAUGGGGCAUGUGGCAGUGGCAAGACGCACAUCAUGUUUGGAACAGAUAAAAGCCAAGGUCUCAUGUCAUGGAUUUGUGAAAACCUUUUCAAAAGAGCUUCAUGUUAUGAUGAUGAUACAUCUUUCAGAGCUGAAAUCAGGUAUAAUUUUUCUUUUACUGUUAUAAGGGGUUGACUUUAUGUACAUGGAUUGGAGAAAAAUUUAUUGAAUUUUCUUUUAUGGGAAAGUCCUUACAUUUCAGUAUAUUUGCUCUCUCCUUUUAUCAGUAAGAAAGGUUUCCUCUUGAGAAAUGUCUGCAUUUAUCAGUACAACUUGAUAUCAUGAUUUUUUUGUUGAAAGAUUACAUUCCCCCUACCUCUAUUACUCGAUUGAGCACUGUACUGUGACCAUAAGCAGCCAUCUUGGUUGCAAAUGUGCCAAAGGGACAGGCAUACAGAUAUAUAGCAUCAUUAAGGAAAAGAAGGCAUGAAGAAAUAUGAAUUUUUGCACCACUAUUAUAAUGGACAUAGACCCCAUGGAUACUCUUUGUUGGAAUUUGUAACGAACGUAUACAUUCUUGAUGGUUACAAAUUUACCAAGAGCAAGCAUCCAGGUGUAUGGCGUCAGGGAAGGAAGCAUAUUAAAAACAAGGAUUUUUUUUCUACUGUGACCCCAGAUGGAUAGUCUUUCCAGCUAGCAGUUUAAUUACACUAGGUAACUUCUGAGUGGUUACAAAUUUACAGUCAUUUGCUAAGGGAGGCGGAAUCUAGGUGUAUAACCUCAGAGAAGGAACAGAAAUUUUGCUCCACUCUGCACCUAGCAGAUACUCCUCCUUAGGUUGAACUUGGUACACUUUGAAUGUCUGCAAAUUUACCAAGAAGGCACUGGUGUCCAGUUGUAUAGCAUGGGGAAUAAAAGCAUGAAAAUAGGAAUUUUUGCACUUAUUCUACUCUGUCAGUCCCAAAGUGGCCAACAUCAGUAUCAGACAAAAAAAUUCAAAUUUUGGUUUGUACAAUGCCAAAAAAAAGUACUUCUUGAAGAUGCCAUACACCCGGCUGUAGUACACUGAGUUCUUGUAACAGCGGCAUUUUUUGUUUUGUACAGUUUUCUUGAAAUACACAAAGAAUUUGUGAAGGAUUUGCUGGGAAGAAGAAGAAACUGGCAGGACUCAUUACGAAGUAUAUAAACUUGAAUGACUGAUAUACUUGUUGCCUUGCAUUGUAUAGUAAAAAUUAUUGGUUCUGCACUUGCAGUUAAAGAUGAUAAAUAGAACUGUAUAUUUUUGGUCUUUUGAAAACUUACAUCUGUUUUGCUUUCAAAUUUAGCCAUUUCUUUAUCUGAUCAGAUGUUGACUUAAGCAGCUUUAAACUGGAAAAAGAAAUUGUCAACCCUUAGCAGACUGUCUUGUUCAGCAAAACUACUUUUUGUUAACCGCAUGAAUGCAUUUAGACCUAUUCUCCAAAUAACCAUUGUACUAAUGUACAAUUACAGAGUGAGAGUUUGCAAUUGGUCCAGUUUGUACAAGAGACUGAUCACCUGACUUGAUAAGCUUGAGUAAGCAUUCCUAUAAGCUUGUCUGCUAAUCAUUUAUUUCAACAUAAAAAUGCCAACAGUCAAAUUCAGUUCAUCAUAUAAAAGACUUAAUUGUCAAUUUGAGUGAAUCUAUACACUACACACUGAUUAGCAGAGAGAUGUUGAAAAGCUUGUCCAAACUCAUUCACAUGUAUCCUCUCUCUCUCUCAGUGUAUAGAUCAGAAGUGAACAAAGUUCUGAGGGAAGGGAGUGGGGACUACCCUGUGUAUAAGUUUCCCCACCACUGAAAAAAAAAUGGAAUCAAUCAAUAGGAAUCAAUGGGAAUCAAUGGGGGAAAUAAGCAACCUUCUCAUGGAAAAAAACUUCCAAGAAACAAGCUUGCAAAAGUUCAUUGUUGGGUCAAGCAAAACAAGAUUCAGUAUCAAAUUGGAUUCUCAUCUCUUUCUCUAGAAUCUACAAUGUAAGAUCAGGCUCUAUUUUUCUUUCACCUGGUGAAUAGAAUUCCCACAGGCAAGGCGAAAUGAAAAGCUGAUCUCAGGUUACCUUCUCUUGUAAAUACUUUUAAGAUUAUUAUUUUAAUAGAAAUAUGCAUAAUUAUUGUGCUUUUUUAAAAUUUACUUUCCUUGCAGUACGUGAGCACCGUGAAUUUGGUGUGUAUGUCGACAAAUUGACAAAACAUAUUGUUACAGAUGUUAGUGAAGUUUUUGGAUUGAUUGAUAAAGGGAAGAAAAAUAGGUGAGGUUUUUAGCUGUCUACUGUAACAAAGGUUGAGGUCAUUAGCUCCCAAAUAAGAGCUGGAGUUUUGUCAAGGAUUUAAGUUUUCUUUUCAUCACUGACUACUGUACAAACCUGUACAUGUGACGUAUCUUAUUCACCCGAGUAUACAGCUGUAAGUAAAUGGCUGUCCUUUGUUGAAGCUCGUCACAACAAUCUUCUAUUUCUAAGAUUUUGUUUAAGGUAAGGUUUUUUCUAUAAAGUUUAUUCCGCCAUUGUAGACUCCUCGAAUUGUUUUUACCAAGAGAGAAUAACAAGACAGAGAGGUAAACGCCCAGCCGAGCCCUUGGGAUUUGUGCAUUUUAGCCAAGUUAUUUUUAGACCAAUUAAACGCUUGUAAUUUAUCCGGCGGAAGUUGGUUUCCAGGGAGGGCCACAAACUUUCAUUCAGUUUUGUCAAGAGAGAGUUCAACAGUCGCUGAUACAAUAUUCUGCAUUGUUUUGUUUGAGGCAGUUGCGCGUGAAGUCGACGACAUUUCAAAAAAUCGAUCUUGAAAUGUGCGGACGUCCCAGUAUUUAGACUUCCGUUAAAUCACAACCUCUUAAAAUAACUGUAGUGAAAUUCACAUAUCCCGGCCAACGCUAUAAGAUUCCCUUUCUGCCCCAUAAUUCUUGCUUGUGUCAGCACAUGUUCCUCCUCUACCGCAAAUGUUUUCAAAAGAAAUUCCUCUUGUACCACGCUCUUACAGACUGUCGGAACACUCACUCACAGUCCCGAGGGACGGGUCUCCGAUGUUGAUGUCAUUGGUUCAUUCCUACAAUCAUUUAAAUGUACAUACUUUUCACUGAAAAAAAAAAAACAUUAAUAAUAAUUAUAAUAGUAAUAAUAAUAAUAAUAAAUAUAAAUCAAUAAAAUAAUCGAAACAUAUUUGAACAUACAUGUGCUUCUACGAAUCUGACAGAACAUUUGUUUCAUUUUUACAGAUCAGUUUGUUCAAGAGCGUCAGAUUCAUUUUCCAGUAGUUCGCAUACAAUCUUUACCAUAAGGUUUACCCAGGUAAUAACAACAAUCAAAUACAUGACUUUUUUUCCUGAGUUUGAGGCGAUUUGUAUUUACAGUCAACUCGCACGUUGCUGUUUCGAGGAAAUAUUUAAUAUUCUUGAUAUAUUUAGGCACGUCUUGAAGAAAAUUUGCCAAGUGAAAUUGUCAGUGUGAUUCAACUUGUGGAUUUAGCAGGAAGCAAGAGCAUACAUGACGAGGUAAUUGAUAGUUACAAAUGAUUUGCCUUCCUUGCAAAUGAGAUAUGUCCGGAGUUAGGCGCCAUUCUGGUCAGACAAUAUGAAAGUGUGAUUAUACUCAAUCGAGAAUGCCUCAUGCGUCGUAAACGAAAACUAUGCAUGGUAGACAAUGGUAGACACAAGUUUCGCAGGUACAACAACAACAACAACAACGUUAGCAAGACUACCAUUUUGUACUGGUUAAAACCAGAAUUACACAAAGUAAUUUUCAUCCGGGCCUUUACUACUGAUUACUGCCAUGUAUUCUCUCCGAUAAUCGUGGCAGUGACAACAGGCCCUUUGUAACAAGUCAUUCACGCAACAAACGCCAAGCUGAAGAGCAAAGGAAGCACCGGACAAGACCAAGCAAAGAGCUCGUAUCGUUUAAAAUAGUAAUUUCCUUUGUCUGUCUCUUCUCCGUGCGUCUCUUUUUCUCCAGUAUGACGGUCUUCAGUGUACCACGUGAAUGACCAGCUGUAUUGGGCCUAUUCAUAAGUGCUCAAGGUAGAUUUUGUUCAUCAGCAAAAUGAUAGUCUAUGCUACUGCUUACCUUUGUCCGGAAGGCACUGCUCAACCACAGAUUUCGUCGGGUAUGGGCCAAGUCCUUCGUGGUGAAGGAAUGCGUGACAGAGGCACGAAGCCCUAUAAAGAACGUCUGCGAGGGAGGGUAGGGUCAGUUUUAGUUGUACAUUGAUCAAUAACCAACUGUUAUCUCAUGCAGCUCAGUUUGAGCCGUAAUUGAUGAAUAAACUGUUUGUUUCUAUGUUGCUCAAAAAUCGAGGUGUUUCUGUUUUAAUUUUUAUGUUUAAGUGUUCUGACAGCUGUUCCACUUCUGAUGGCGACAAAUCUCUGAUGACGCUGGAGCGGGUGAUGUCUACGUUAGCAAACCGCGGCUCAAACUCGUCAACGUCCGGCCCUCCCGUCCCAUACAACGACUCUGUAAGUAUAAAAAAAAUUCCCAUUUAAAAUAUGAAAUGACCAUCAAUAAGAGAUUGACAACUAACAUCACAAACUUUAGUAUUUUUUAGAGACAACGAAAGAAUUAUGGGAUGUGUUUUGUUGAUGUGUAAGAUGAAGCUAGCUUAUUGGUGGAAAAAAGUAUAAUGACAUGAAAACUGUUUGAAUGAAUUGCGUCAUGCACAGUCGUACCAACUCGAGUCACCUGAUGAUGCCUUUUGGCUUAUGAAGGUGCCCAAUUUAUGGCGUAUUCAUUUUCUCAAGUCCCAGCUGUAAUUACUGGUGUUUGAUGUUAUGCAGAUUUCGCCUUGCACAUUAAAAAUGGGAGUGAAAGGGCCGCAAAAUCGUGCACCUUGUUUUGCAACUUUCCUGCAAAACGAGUUGAAUAACGAUGUUGCGUGUUUUACCACCCACGUUCAAACCUGUAUUGCGACAAAGGAGGUUGUUGCAGGUUGCGAGAAGUUGUUGCAGAAAGUAGAGAGUAGUCCUACUUUUUGCAACAAAAUCUGUACAUUGUACAUGUUGCGCGUUUUACCGGUUUAAGGCAAACUUGUUUUGCAACAAGUGACAUCCAAGGCUCGUCAACAUGGCGCUGUUUGUUAUUGCCUGUUUUGCUUUGGCCCCUAGUUUCCCUUCUUUUUCCUACACUGGCUGCAGCACUUUGCACCCGCGCUGUACACUAAUCACCCGUGGCUUCAUUGUGGACGCCAGGAAUUGCGAAAAACAGCGAAUAUUGCAACCAUCAACUCCGUUCAUGACUUUUUCCCCUUCUAUUGUUUAUAUUUGUUUAGCUUUGCCUUUAUUUUUUAACAUUUUUUCACGUACGUUUGUGUAGGUAGCUAUACUCUUGUUUUCGUGUUUUAUUUUUAUCACCCCAACCGCUCUCGCAUUGCCGAACCUUAAAAACGGCCCGUAAACAAAACUUUUUGUUUUUUGUCUGGCGCCAGUCGAUAGCUGUAUUGUUCGCAACUUGAUUUAAAAGAAAACCUCAAUCCUUUGUGCAGACAAAACAGAAAAGAAUAGGAUAAUCAAUGAAAUAAAAACAGUUGUGUUCUUGUGUCAGGGAGCUUAGGGUGGCUCGACUGGAUUUUUUUAGGGCGAUACCUCCCAAGUUUGAGCCUUAACUACGUCGGCAUGAGUAAAGAUAUCGAAAAAAAGUUACCAGAACUGUAUUACAUAAAGAUGAAAAUUUCUUAUGAUCUGGGUUUUAUUGCAAUCGGAGUCGCCAUGGCAACGUAAUGACGCUGUUACGUUUUUCAUUUAUCCUUGUGUUUCUCUGUAUCAGGAGUUUUUUGAAGAAAUCGCUUAAGGGAGUAUGUACCUGCUAUAAUUGCCUCCAUUAUGGCAAAGUUUGAAGAAAUUCUAUGAGAGCGUUUUCGAAAUACUUUGAAAUGCAGUUUUAAGAAUCAUCAAAACAGUGAAAUAGCAUGCUAGCCGCUCAAUUCGCUAAUAUUUUAAGAAAAUGACAAGCUUUGGGAACGCGGCUUCAUCUCAUAGUGGAUUGAUUCCAUUGAAAACUGCAUGCAAAAAAAGAGGGGAAUUGCUCUGGGCGAUCGCGAGUAAGAAGGAUUUUAUUAACUUGCAUUCAACUGCUUUUGAUACAGUUUUUGGAGGUAAUUUGGUCUAUGCCUAAGAAUUUCGCAUUUUUCCAAAAACCGCUCGAUAAAUUUUUUUAUAAAUUCGACAAUCCCGAGAUCAAUCGUCAAGAAAUAUUCCCUCCAAGUUUUAAGAACAUUGAAAACAGGGAAGGCUUUUAAAUAGGGCCUCAAAUAUAGCCAAUUUUCCCCCCAGAUUUUGUGUUUACAAGCGAGCGUCCUCGUUAUUCACUGGCAUUGUUUUCAAGUUUCACAUACACGUGCACAUUUAGCAAAAAGAUCGAAUUUGCAUCAAAAAGGACCCUCAGUUAAAUCUCCGGGAUAUGCUAAUUACCGGGUAAAGAGGUUAGUGAUACAUUAUAACAUCAGAGCAACUCUUUGUGAGAGUUUCUGUGAUGUUAUAACCCGAGUAAGAUAAUUAAGUAUUGCAUCCUACACGAUGAGCCGUGACGUUCACCGUUUCGGCUCUCACUGCUAUCUGUGACGACAAGCCAAUUAUUAGCAUAUACCGGAUAUUUCUUCGGAAAGUAAUCGAGAGUUCUUUUUGAUGCAAAUUUAUAUCUUGCUAGUUGUGCACGUGCAUAUGAAACUUGAAAACAAUGCCAGUGAAUAAUGAGGACGCUCACUUCUAAACACAAAAUCUGGGGGGAAAAUUGGUUUUGUUUGAGUCCCUAUUUAAAAGCCUUCCCUGUUUUCAAUGUCCUUGAAACUUGCAGGGAAUAUUUCUUGACGAUUGAUCUCGGGAUUGUCGAAUUUAUAACAAAAUUUAUCGAGCGGUUUUUGGAAAAAUGCGAAAUUCUUAGGCAUAGACCAAAUUACCUCCAAAAACUGUAUCAAAACCAGCUGAAUGCAAGUUAAUAAAAUUCUUCUUGCUCGCGAUCGCCCAGAGCAAUUCCCCUCUUUUUUUGUAUGCAGUUUUCAAUGGAAUCAAACCACUAUGAGAUGAAGCCGCGUUCCCAAAGCUUAUCAUUUUCUUAAAAUAUGAGCGAAUUGAGCGGCUAGCAUGCUAUUUCACUGCUUUGAUGAUUCUUAAAACUACAUUUCGAAAUAUUUCGAAAACGCUCUCAUAGAAUUUCUUCAAACUUUGCCAUAAUGGAGGCAAUUAUGGCAGGUACAUACUCCCUUAAGCGAUUUCUUCAAAAAACUCCUGGUACAGAGAAACACAAGGAUAAAUGAAAAACGUAACAGCGUCAUUACGUUGCCAUGGCGACUCCGAUUGCAAUAAAACCCAGAUCAUAAGAAAUUUUCAUCUUUAUAUAAUACAGUUGUGGUAACCUUUUUUCGAUAUCUUUACUCAUGCCGACGUAGUUAAUGCUCAAACUUGGGAGGUAUCUCCCCAAAAAAAUCCAGUCGAGCCACCUUAAGCAACGACGACGGCGACGGCAACGAGGACGGCUAAAAAGCAAUAGGUUUAGAUUGGUAAACAGCAACUCUGCACGUGCAUCACGCUUUUUCGUACAUUUCUCUGCCGUCACUGCACUACUACAACGUGAAAACGCCUAAACUAACGUUUUGUCGAGGACGUGAACACAAGAAAACAACUUUCUUUUUCUUUUCCUGAACUUUGAUACAGUCUUUUAGAAUUCAACUACAAAAAUAUUUGCAAACAUUUAACGACUUAAACGACCUGGAAUAAGCGUGAUAAAGUUUGAGGCAACGCGAAUUCUCCUUUUAAGUGACGUUUUCAUAGCUGUCGCCGUCGUUGCUGCUUAAGCUUCCUAUUAUUGAGAUCAACACGUAUAAGUUUGUGUCUGCACUAUGCCGGAUAGUUUUUCGUGCCAACAUGUAAAGCUGUCCGGUAAAGUACGAACGGCAAAGGUACGGAAGUGAAACAAGUCGUACACACACAUCAAACAUCGUACGGAGCGGUUGGCGGAGAGAGUUUGGUGCACUUGAUCUCAAUCCUCACUUUUGAAUAUUUACUUCCGGUUCAGUGGGUUUCAGUCCUCGCUCCUACUCAUUUUACUUCCGCUACGGCCCGAACACCCGUUUACACUGCGACGAAGAAUGGCAAAACACACCAAAAUCACCGUUUCUUGUGUGUGAACUACGGUCCUAUUCGGUAUGGUUUUUGUGUUGGCGUAAGAGCUAUCUGGUAUCGUUAUAGUGUAAAAAUGGCAUAAAUCAGUAAUUGAUUUUUUUUCUUUUUGUUGUAGGCGCUGACUUGGAUAUUGAAAGAUUGUCUUGGUGGAAACUGUCGAACAGUUAUGCUCGCUGCUGUUUCACCAUCUGCUUCUUGUCACAAUGAGACGCUGAACACGCUGAGAUUCGCAAAUCAAGCUAAAAAUAUAGUGAAUGACCCUAGAGUAAAUGAGGUAAGCUUUGAUUUGAGAAAAACAAAAAAAAAAAAUAAGCAAACAAAGAGGGAACCAAGUCUACCAAGUUUGAAAAACACUUAACUGUUUUUCACUGUCUAUGUUCUAAUUGCUUUUGAGGAUUGCGGAACAGUCAGGGAACAUAAGCAACAGGGACGGCGACAGCUACGAGAACGUGAAAAAAGCAAUGGGUCGGUUAUUUAAACGAAGUCUAACUUAAAACGCGGUUUAAGAAAUCUUUGGACCUUCAAAUCUCUUCCUAAGUGAGUUCAUUUAAAAAGAUAAAUGCUCUUCUAGUCUACACUAUAUGCUUUGGUGAAACUGUUCACGACAAAUGGUGUUCAGACAAAAGCGUUGGACAAACUGAAAGUGACUUAGAACGAGGUUUUGGUAAACACUGGUUAAACUCCGUUUAAAUAAGCGGCCCGAUAGGUUUAGAUUGGCAAAACAACAACUCUGCCCAUGCAUCACGCUUUUUUCUACAUUUCGCCGUCAUUGCACGACUAUGACGUUAAAGUGCCUAUUUUCACGUUUUGUGGGGAACGUGAACACAAGAGAACGACUUUCUUUUUCUGUUCCUAAACUUCGAUACACCUUUAGAAUUCAACUCCAGAAAAAUUUGACGAUUUGAACGAGAUGGAAUAAGCGCGAAAAAGUUUAAAUCAGCGCCAAUUCAGUUUUUAAAUGACGUUUUCGUCGCUGUCGUUGUUGUUAAGCUCCCUAGGUUUUACUCUUAAAAAAUCAAAUCACUGCACACAAAACGUGAUGCGCAGAUAGCUUGGAUCAACGCCUGCAGAGGAUACAGCCUCGCCCUCAUACACCUGUACAGCGAAUAAAUUCAAGAUUGGCUCAAACAUUGUCCUGACAAAAGGGAAAGGUUUACAGGCGUAGUUUGGGCUUGAGUUCAGCUAACUGCUUAAUAAAACCCCGUUCUAAGCCCUUUUAAAUUUGUCCAGCCAUCACACCUAAACAUAGUUUGCUGUUAUUAGCGUAAGAAGGCUUGCAGCCCAAACUAGAGAGCCCGUUCUAUACUUAUGUAGAGGCCCGCUGAGUCUCUAUGCCACGAGAAAGUCAGACUUCGUUUAAAAUAACUGGCCCUAAAUACCUACUCCGGAAAUAAUCUCUUGCUCAUAGAGCGCACCUAUAUAAUUGGUGCAUGAAAAUUGCCUAGUUUCUCGGCUAACGGAUAUAACCUCACUGCACCACGAACUCCCUUUUGACUGAGACAAGUUGCACAAACGCGCUUAUAGGUAUUCACCACGAGCCAUAAUAUUAUGGCUCUUGGUAUUUACGGUGCUUCAAGUAAUUUGCGCUUUGUAUUUUCAGGACGAAAAUGUGAAAUUGAUCAAAGAGCUCAAGUUAGAAAUACACACUCUGAAAAAGAGGUUAAAGGUAUGCUUUAUUAAUAUAUUUUCUUCAGGAUCAGGUUUUUUUUUAAGCAAUUGUUGUAGUAAUCCGUCCAUUCAUAAGUGGACUGAAUUUCUCUGUGUUGACAAGCCUGCUGCCUUAGUAAAAUAUGUCAGAGCCCCAGGCGCCAUAAUUAAUAAAUGAAAACAGAGAAUUUAUUGAUCGAUUAGUUCCGAACAUUAAACUUUAAUGUUCAUUGAAACGAACGAAAUGAAAUAAUAACGUAUUGAAUGCGUUAUCAUGGCUUCCAGGAUAGAACUACAGUUGAAUAGUUUUUAUCAUUAUUAUUAUUAUUCAUUUUAUUAUUAUUAUUAUUAUUAUUAUUAUUGGAAAGAAACUUUUGAAUUUUAGAGGCUGACAGUUUUCUUUAUUGAAAUGAAAUGUCUUUAAUUCGAAUAAAUUUUUCUUAGUUAAAUUAACUCUUUCUAAGCUAAAUUAAGUGCUUUUUAAAUUUUAUUAUUAUUAUUAUUAUUAUUAUUAUUCUUGAUUAAUAACGAUUUCUUAAAUAAGCAAGCGAAUAUUAACGUUAAAAGCCGACGUUUCGGUAUCAUCAUGACACCAUUCUCAAGGCAAAAUGAAUAAGUAAUGCCAAGAUUUGAUUUCUAUUUGUAGAGACUAUAGAAAUCAAAUCGUCGCAUUACUUAUUCAUUUUGCCUUGAGAAUGGUGUCAUGAUGAUACCGAAACGUCGGCUUUUAACGUUAAUAUUCGCUUGCUUAUUAUUAUUAUUAUUAUUAUUAUUAUUAUUAUUAUUAUUAAAAAAAUUAUUAUUAUUAUUAUUAUUAUUAUUAUUAUUAUUAUUAUUAUUAUUAUUAUUAUUAUUAUUAUUAUUAUUAUUAUUAUUAUUAUUAUUAUUAUUAUUAUUAUUAUUAUUAUUAUUUUGCGUUAUUGUCCAUUUCGUUAUACCCAGAGUCUAUCUUUAUCCUUCCAUCGUCUCCUUCGUGAAGUUCUUUUUGCUUUGUCUAAUUCGUGCUCCCUCACAGUCAGUUUGAACCUGGCAAUUAAUAUUACACACCCUCUCACUGUCAAUCUUAAUGGGACCCGCAUGACUUAAUUUUUGGGGAUUUAUAGGUGACUAUUUGCCCACUGGGCCUUGAAGAUUCAAAAUUAUCAUACUGAAGAAGGAGGUGUCUGAAGGCAAACUCCAAUACCGACGUGAAUCAGAGCAAUCCGCCACUCAAUCUGAUUUUCCAAUGACAUUGCAGUAUUAUUAUGCUCGGAAUACUCUAAAGUCAUUUGGUCUUUGUUUCCGCUGUGUUAAAUCGUGAUUGCGUACGUGCUCAAAUAAGCAUGUCCUUAAGAUGGCAAAAAUGAAUUUCCCAGCACGAAAACCCGUUUUUACCAACCGCAAAAGUAAUUCCCUGAAAACACAAAUAAAAAUCGAUUAACCGCAAAUUAAACUCCCGCAAAAAUUUCACUUCCCACCGUCAAGAUUUAAAAGUGUGUCCGGCCUCUAAUCUUGAUUUGGAACAAAGGUUUCUUUUAUCGGAAAGCUCCUUAUUGGUAAAGAUUUUCAGGUCUUUUCAGUUUAGAAGUCAUUUCCAUUCUCGUCUUUAUUCAGUUUUCCCUACUAAAGCGAUGUUCUCUGCUGCAUAGCCUCUUCAGCUUCUUCGAUCUGUUUCCUGAAAUUUAAAUCGAGCUGAAUGUUAGCUUCCGAAAAUUGCAGUCAUUUGACCAGAUUAUAAGGCCAAAACCAUCGCGAUUUUUAGCGAUUUGACAAGACCGAAAAUCACUGACACCACAUAAAGACGAGAACAGGAAAAAGAGAGCGAAAAGGGUAGGCAGAGAAGAGGGAAAAAAAAUGGCCACAUUCUUAGUUUUCUGGCUGCUUUUUUCGUUGGAAGUCUAUUUCGCUAUUGGUAAGUUGUAAUUCGUCUUACGCUGAAUAAAUCCACGCUAUAUGGAUUUUCUUUCGCGAUUCUUAAUUUUGUUAUUUGAAAGCAUUUCAAUUAAGACACUCUAAUUGUUUAAGUUGAAGUUUCUAAUGUGGCUUACUCUGUGGAAUUUCGAUGUUUAUGCAUUUGUUAAUUGGUAAUUUUGUCGAUAUCGGGGUCAUAAAUCUAGGGCUAAAAGUCACCAAUAGAUCAACUAACUGUUGUUGUAGUCGUUUGUCAUACUUAGUAGCGCAUUUAUCAAGAUUUCACCCGUAAAGACUAAAAUCCAACGAUCUGUACCCGUGUUAGUAAUUUGUUACGAUUGUGUUUCCUUUGCUGACGUACUUGAGAUAAAAUUAAAGACUUCAAAACAAUUUUCAUCGAACAAUAGCUUGCUGUGGGAUCAAAUUGGCUCCAACACUUUUUUCAUAUCCAAUUUAAUCACUGUAUGAAAGAAACAGCUUCAUAUUCAUGUAGAUAAUAAAACGAAAAAACCUUUCCCUUGAAAAGUACGCUGGAACCAUGCGGCGUGCUGAUCGCCAUUCUGUCGCACUCAAACUGUGGUUGUCGCGGUGACCUUUUCAGCUUUAUCUUGUUAUGAGGUUUUGUUGUUAACCUCGUAAGCCGACGCAAUCUUGCUGGAGAGUCGCCCCAGAACGACGUUUCCGUCACCAGCUGCUUGCUAGGGACAGGUGCUUGCUAUUUUCCGUAAUUCUCACAAAACAAACAGUUGCGCGGACUAAAUAAGGCGAAAAUUUUAUCGACUCCUCUGCGAAAGCCUUUAGCGCGCGUAAGGUGGAGCCUUUGAACCUCGCCGUCGAAAUACUGAAAACGGACAAGUAUAGAGGAUACCUUCAAACGAUGACCCUGAGGCCAUAAGCGGUUUUUUCUACAUGUUCCGGUUUUUUCGCUUCUCAGGACUACGGGUAUAGUUAUUAAUACGACGUACAUGUGUUGUCAGGCAUUUUUGUUCUCUUCUUGUUUAUUAUGAAAUUUGUGGACUUAAGGCCGCCUCUUCUGCAAAUUUCACUCUUUGAUCAAAUUCAGUUAGUUCUUUUGUUCACCUUAGACGAAUCUGGCAUUGUUCGGAUGUUUUGCUUUGAUCUAUCCCUCGAAUUUACAUGUACUUUCGUUUUUUGUUUACCAAUUUCUUAGCGCGUUUUCUUCUUAACCUCGGCUCGAGAUAUCAUAAACAAGGUGCACUCUGCGUUUUGUGUUCAUCGUGGUCGAAAUCUUUUUAUUCUGAUGUUUUGCUUCCUCCUUGAUUACCGCUCUUUUUAUGCGAUUGUCACCGACAUUCAGCGUUCUCGUAGUCACGUGACUAAUUUUGUUAUCUCUCCCCAUUAUUCAAUAACCUCAUUUUCACGAUGUAAUUCAAAAAACAAGUCGUUUGCUCAAUCUUGACAGGCUUUUAAGUCUAACGAGCCAGCGUGAUCACUACAUUCAAAGUUCGGGAAGAUCGAUUUGGUGAAAUUCUACCUUCAGCAAUGCGUAUUGUUCGUAUAUUAGCGUCGGCAGUCUUUCCACAGGUAUAAAGUGUCACAAACGGCGUACGUAGUUUUUGCUUUUAGUUUUUGUUCAACAUACACAUGAUAUCACCUCGCAACGUCGUAAAGUAUUUCUCAUAAACCUUGCCUUCGAUUUGCUGUUCAGAUGCGCUCGUUUUUUCUUCCCUUUUUGUCACCUUAAGACCUAGUUAAAAAGGACUUGAAGAGCGUUAGAAAAAAACAUGCACAGUUUUUUUCCCGCAGAUAAGUGCUAGCUGAAUGGCAAAAUGUCCUAGCUAGCCGAAUGGACCUUGCAUUCUCUUUGCUGUAUUCAUUUUCUUUUGCAUUUCAGAGUGGUGAUGUAUCGAAUUCCUCAGAGGUCGACAAAACGGAGAGAAAGCUCCAGGAAAGUGAGGAUCUCAUGAAACGUUUGACAGGAAUAUGGGAAGACAAGUGGAGCAGAACUCAAAAACUCAUCGAGGUGAAGUGUUAAAAGUCUUUUCGCAGGUUGCUUUUAGGCGAACACGUUUUAUUCAUUUGUAAAUUGUCCGCGGAUUGCUUGCGCCUGCUUUACCCUAUUGCUGAUGUUAUGUUUUCAAUUGCUAAAGGCUGUUUAAUAAAGCAAUAUCGAGCUUUUUUAAUAGCUAUUGAUAAGCAGAUAAAGGCUACGUCUUUGCGUCCAGUUUUUUAAACGCUAUGAUGAUAACACCGCGAGAGUGAAUUUAUUUAUGAAUUAUCGUUUGAAUUUUUUUUUUUCGCCUUUUGUGUAUAAAACAAAAUAUGUUAUUUUAGCGAAGACCACGAUUUGGACAAUACCGUGACGGAUAGCGUUUUUCUUUUCCUUUUUCCACGUCAAGCGGACAUGUAAUUUGUAUUGAUUGAAAUAUUACUUUUGCCUCCGGCUAGAAGUCAAUGCCGCAGAGAUAGCAAAACAAUUUUCAAGCACGUUCUCGACGGACUCUCGGCGUGGUUCAACAUGGCGCAUUAUUUUUUUUUAUUCAAUUCAGUCUUACGCAUUUUUUUUUGCUACGGUCAGAACUAUAUCUGUUAUCAAUUUUUUUGAGUAGCUUUCUCGAGUCAAUUAUAUUUCGAUCGUUCGCUCGAUCGUCUGUUUCCUCAGUAUACCCUUAAAUUAAGGGUUUUUUUUAUUUUUUAUUUUUUAUGUAUGACUUAAAUACGUUAAUUUGUCAAAAUUAACUGGAAAUGAACUAUUUUUUGAUACAAAAAGAGGACAGGAUCUUUCUUAAUGCGAUGCCUUGCCUAACUUGAAACUGGAAAUUGGCAGAUAUAUGACAGCAUUUUCGCAGCUAUUUAUUAUAAAGUCCAUUUAUAGGUCGUUUCGCUGAACCAAAUUCAUUGUCUUUAGACUACGUACAGCGUUAAAUGAACUCUUGGAUUUGUCUUCUGGAUUAUCAGAUUACCGUAAAGUAGCUGCCGUACUUUAAUUGCUAAGAUGAGGCAAUAAGUUGUGUUUUUUAUUAACUUUAUUCUGCGAGGUGCUUGGCUCCAUUACCAACUAAAAAAUUUUAUCUUUGAGAUCACGGUUCAUGAUUCAAUCUUGCCCAUAUGAUAUAGAUAUGUCCUUCUAUCCCAAAACAUCAUCAUCCAUUAGUCAAGGACAGUUAGCAGUGAUGAAUCAUGCGAAUGAGAUAUCGCUGUCAGGCUCCUUUUGUUUUCGGCUUGUGCUAUUAGUGAAGUAGCUUAAAAUGAAUUCUAAACUUAAGGGUUUUUAUAGUCGCACGGAUAGUUUCUUUCGCCCAAACCUUCAAAAUCUAAAAAGGCACUUUCGUUGCUCUUUUUAUUGUUUCCUUGGAGCGCUAAGUAGAGUCAAGAAUCAAUAGAAAGAACGAGUAACGAAUGAACCUUUUCUGCCGUUUUGAGUAGAAAUAACUUGACCAAUAUCAGGUAUCUUAAACUUUGACUUCUAUUUCUUUUCUAUUACGCCUUGUAACAAAGUAAAGGGGAGGCAAAAGGUUACCGUUUUCAAUAGCACUUUUAGUGGGUAUACAGCCUCAUUUAAUGUUUGAUCACAAACAUGACCCCCACUCCCUUCCAAUUUAACUGAAUCUUGCCUCGAGCGUCUGGCGCAAACUACGUCAAACGUUCCUUUUUGUGAUCUUAUUAGUAUUCAGUAAGGUUUUACACCAGUGAUAAGACUAAUCGCGCUGCAGCGUUGUGCCUUUCACGCCAUUUGUUAGAACGAAGAGCCCAUGGGCUCCUAUUAGAAUGCAAAAGCAUACAUGGUCUCUAAAUUGAGUCUGAGGAAGAAGCAAUACAUGACAAAAUGACCGAUGUGUUUAUUCAGUCUGUGCUGAAAGUGACAGUGUCCUGGAGAUUUCUUCUCUUUUGCUCAAAUGCACAUAAAGCAGUUUGAUUGAAAUUGUCAAUAUAAGAAAAACGUAAAACAUGAGUGUGUGGGCUCGACGUUUUCAAGAUGCUAUCCAUUUUCACGAGAGCUUUAAUUCCAUAACCAAAAACAUUUAUGACAUUUGCAUUACAUAUGACAUUUAUGAAUAGUUUAGUUGAAACUCUUCCUCCAUAGCGGUUUCCUUGUUCGCAGUGUCAAACUUUAGUCUUGAAUGUAGUUUACAUUAUGGACGGUUGUAUUUGAAUAAGAACAGUAAUAAGUCUGGUAUUAUACUAUGGAUAAACAAUGUCUGAUAAGAGACCACUUCAAUCAUGGUUCAAUCUUUCGCUGUCUUAGGUUUGCGUGUCAAAUAUUCGCCUUGCGUGUUGCUUACAUUUCACUGAGUAGGUUGUAUUUUUAUUAUGGCGAUAAAGCCACUUCCGUAAACUGCAUUUUAGUACUAUUUUUUGAUUUUGUCCAGCCUUUUAUGUUGCGAUCAAAUAACGUUACUUCAAAUUUGAGUCUAGUGUUAAGGGUUUUAAGAAAGCAACUUGAGCCAUGUUUUAAUAUUAUGGCUUCUGAACAAGUUAAACCGAAUUCAAACUGAGUUUUAGCUAAGAUCUGUAGCUUGAUUAGAUGUGAGUCUACCACUGAUCUAUCUCGAAGCAUUUCCGUUUGCGUGCCAAACAUUCAUCUUUCGUGCUGCUUACGUUUUUCAUAGGUUGUAUUUUAAUAACUUUUUCUCUGACCAGAUAAGUUUUCCAUUAUUGUUUCCGUUUUUAGCUUUUCAUCUUCCGCAAAGUACACAGUACAUAAUAAGCUGACUUUCAAACAGGGAAGUCAAGAAAAGAUAAUUGUAGUUUCUGUAAACGUAAAUGAUAUUAACACCUGCUUACACAAACUGCAAGGGAUUAUAAACCUUCGAGCGGCAAUGUUUUUCCAGGAGGCGCCAGUUAUAACCUUGAAUUGUACUUUUAUUUCACUGGCAACCUGUAAAAAUGUCUCAAGAGUUUCUUAAUUCAUAGUAGAUUGGAUAAUCGUGAGCAUGCUGAGUUUUUCGUCAUAAUUUGUACGGAUUUCUUUGAAUCGUAAUUGGUGCGGUGUUCUAUUUUUUUAGUUUUAUGUAGAUAGUUUUUUCUCUCGUUGUAUCUUCCAUGUUAAAUAUUUUUCAUUCCUUUUUUCUUGGCAAUUCGCUUCUCGAAAGGCAGAAAGUAACGUUUGCAAGUAAAACGAUGGCGUCAAGUCUCCUCCUCUUUGGAGGAUUUUACAAGUCCACCACUUCCCUGCACUCUUGUCACUGAGGCUUUCAGAAUCCGGAUUUCUUUUCUUGGUGCGGACACACUGAAUUAACUUGCUCUUUGCCGUCACGUGUGUGACGAUCACUUUUCCCGGGAUCAUCAUUUCGAGUCCUUAUGGCCUCCUCAGCGCCGGAAUCCACAAUAGGUCUGGCGGGAUGUUAGGUGUGGCCUUUUUUUGGUGAUACUCGUGAUGCAAGCUUAAAAUAGGAGCGGGAAGAGGGAAUUUAAAAUUUAAAAUAACGAGUGCUGCUGUUUGGUGAUGUCAUAUCAGAACCAACCUUGCCUCAUGAGGUCUUUUUAGCAAUUUUUCACCAUGUGAACAUUGCAUUUGGUUAUUAUGUAAGGCUUUUGCUUUGUGGGACUGCAGCCAGUCUCACUCAUACUAUCGGGAUUUUCUCGCACCUCACCGUGACGUUUAGGGAUAGGUAGAUGCUUUGAACAAUACGCAAAUGCAUCCAGCAUACGCUAGAUUGAAAAAAAAAAAAAAAACAAAUUUAGUGGAUAGCUCCAAUGAUAAAAUAUUAAGGAUUUAUCAGUGAUAACACGAGCAGCAUAAUAUGUGGAGUUUACUACUAAUUGUAGCUUCUUCUAAAAUGUUACAAUAUUCUCGUUUUCGUGCCGUUAUUUUUGUUGCUAUUUUAAGGAGUACCAAACAGUUUUGUUUUCGACGAAGGAAAACUUGGUUUCAGAUCGCAUACAGUCCUAUCCUACUUAGCAGGCGCCGGGUUUUAGGGCGGAGGGAGAAAUUUCGAGCACGCGCGCGCGGAUGAGGGAGAAAAAGAGAGUGGGAGGACUAACCGGUGCCAGCCACGCGGGCUAAUUCAAUCCCACGAAGGCGCUCCAAUAACCUAUGAUUAUAAAUGAUUAUUUUUAGUAUAUUCAUUCGAAUUUCGGGUUCGUUCGUUUCUCUUCGUAUAUCUUUGGCAAGGUCACGUCCAAAAUGCCAUUGGAAGAAGGCAAAUAUUCUAAAUGAUUUGCGCGCGAGUAGAUGUUGCGUCUUCUAUGUGUAUAUAGUUACGGGAGUUAUCGAUUUAAAAAAAAAAGAGAAGAAGAAAGGCGAAUUAAGGCCACCGUUUAUUUAUUGUCUUAUUUAUGCGAGGAUAGAAUGCACUGAAUAUUCUUAAUGACUCUUAAGCAGCUAAUAACCUACAAAUCUGGAUGAUGUGUUAUUUUCUUAUUUACGUGAUAAGAAAAAGUUAUUUCAGCCGUAUUUCAUUAUAGAUGAUGUUGGAAAUUUGUUCGUGACAAGAAUGAUAUUUGUAAAGGAAGCAAAACAGUGCUUUUUACCUGGAGUCGACUCAACAAAUAUCAUUUUGGCGAAAGUGGCACUUUCAUAAAAUAAAGCAAAUUUAUUUGUUCCGUUCUUUUGCCUUUGACAAACAACGAAAAGAAUAAUUUCCGUGAAUUAUGAGAGUGACAGGUAAUUAUUUUAUUUAGUAUUGCCGUCAUUUUGUCAGGUUUAAUAUGUUGUACAUAUGUCAAUGUGCUACAGAAUUGCGGUUGUCAGUAAUGUCAUAAAAUUCAAACGUCAGCUAUUGAAUUUGAUUGUAACGUAUUGAGUUUGUAAGAUACAGAGAAAAUAGAUGGCACUUUGAUUGGGCCGGGAGAUUCAUAGUAAUUGGCGUCAGAAAUUCUCGAAUCUCUUUUUUACGAAAGGAAAAGAAAAUUGAAAUAAGGGAAGAAUCAAUUAUUUGUGUCCAAGAAGACAACUGACGGAAGAAAAAGUCGUCUGCUAUCCUACUGGAAAUCGCACCGCAAAACGCGUUUUUGGAGACAAGAGUUUGUCGUUCGAUGUAAUGGAAACUACUGAUUCAGUUUUAGCUAAAUCGAGCUAUAAGUUCGUGCUAACUUGGCGUUCAGUGUGAUGAGGCUGGAAAUUUUAUCUUGCUGUGGAAGUCAGGUAACAUUUAAAAAGUAGCGCUUCUUUUAUGCUUAGUUUGCGAUCGCCUCUUAAUUUCGUUUCAAAAAAUUUUCCGGCAUUUGUCGUCUUCUUGAAUUAUGAUUAACGGCAAGACUUCACACUGACUCAGUCACUAACAAAGUUUCAAUGACGUACCAUAUACUGCGUCCUUUCUGUCCUGAAAACGUAAUGCUGAUUUUAAGUACAGUCAGUCAAAUACGCAACAAAAGCUAUCAAGAUAAAUCCACAUAGGCAAGGCUCCUUAGACAUAGGGACUUAAAGCUCCAUAGAUUUAACUGACUUCUAAUACUGAGCGUAUUCUAUCUUUGAUCUUUUUGAGAGCCGACAACCAUUUCAGACAUUAUCACUCCAGUGGUCAAGCGAUUUCUUACUCUAUUGCUUUUGGCGUCGCUUUUCUGUGCUUGAUUUUUUUUCUGUCCAUUUUUUUUAAUCAGGAGCGUGCACUAGCCGUCACAGAGCUGGGCUCGGCGCUGAAGUUCGAAACAGACGAGCCUCAUUUUGUGAGUCUUGGCGGAGGAAGGCUGAGUAUCGGUGUCACUCUUUGUCCUAUUAAACGAGGUAAGAUGCGAUAGAAAGGAAACUAUUAGAUCGAUGACGGGUUGAGCAAGUGCAAAACAACUCACGUCAACCGGAAGCGAGGUCUUUUCCCUUUUAGUGUGCCUUGACUCUGCCAAAUUUGUCUUUCUAAGUAUCCUUACUCUUAUUGAGACGAAUUGCUAGAAAAUUUUGGAAAAAUCGUUCCCCAAUACUUCAAAACGCCUACUUCCGGUUGACUUGCGUCGCUCGGAAAUGUCCUUACUUGAGCUCCCUAAUAUCUGCAUGCAUGUAACCAUGUGUUUAGUUCCGUAUAACGUGCAUGCUUUCUAUAUUGGGCCCCUGAUCACAUGCAUAUAACCGAUAUAAGGUUCCUAUUCUGGUCACAUCUCCAUGGCCGAUGUCAGAUCCCAAAUCACGCACGUUCCCGAUUCAAAAUCCCUGAUCACAGUUUUUGGUCUCUAAUCACAUGCUUCUUACAGAAUUGAUUUCUCUUAUCCGGUGCAUGUCAAAAAAACCCCUUACAAAAAGGUCAGGUGGAAAUACCCUCAUAUAAAAAUGAGCUUUAUUUGCAAGCAUCCUGUCGUAUUGCAUGAGAAUAAACCCCUUCUUCAUUUCGCAGCAAGCAUCUUUUGAAAAUAAAGGCUAGAGGCGAACUGGAAAUUGCCUUUUAGGUUUCAAGUGCGUGUUGCGGUUUUUACUGGCAUAUUUCCUAUGUUAAACAACUAGUCGAUAUUCGGUCCCUGAUAACCUUGCCUAAUCACAGUAUCUUGUCCCUAAUAACAUGCAUCUUACCGAUAUGAGGACUCUUGUCAUGUUACAGAUGAUUAGGUCUCUGUGGAUCACGAGGCUACGGUAUUAGAUGUUACCAGUGGUAACUCCCUGAUAACUUGCAUCUUUCCUACAUUAAAUGAUAAUCACUUAUCGAUAUUAGGUCCCCAGUCACAUACAUGUCUUCGAUGUAAGGCGAGUAUUUUCUCCGCUCAAAAGACGUGUAGUGAAAUGUGUGUAAAAUGGCAAUACUUUCUUUUCAGGUAAAACCUUGAUCGGCGUUUCAACAGACACGUGUAAACCUGACAUUCCGCUAAGAGGAAAAGGAAUAGAACCGUACGUUUUUGCUUACUUCACAAAUAAUUGCUUACUUUUCCACGCGCGUCGCGUCUCCUCGCAGGAGGCGAUUCCUCCCGCGCGCCUUUCACUAGCGUGUUUCACUCGCUUCACUACUUGGCUUCACAGGAUUGGCUGUGAAAACAAUAAAUAGAAAUAUAACAAUGACUCUAUCACUAAAGCAAUGGGGCUGCGUGUUACGGAGAACCAAUAAAAUUAGAGGAUUUUUAGGACCUGGGCACUAUCCCCCUAAAGGAAAAGAGGGACCAUUUCAAAUAGCCUGAGUAUCAGGCCUUCCUAAGGGGCUAAGGGAGAGGAGAUUUUAGAUGGGGGAGAAGAGAAAGGAAGGGCGUUUCUCUCCUUCAGCUCUCUCCCUUUUUCGCUUCCAUCUUUCCCCUUUUCCCCCAGAACCGUCUGAUAUUCACGCUAAUUUCAAAUAGCUCCCAUGACCACAAAUGGCAUUUUUGGUCAGGAGCCAAAUUAUGGCUCCUGCUAGUAGUCUAAUUUGACUGCGUGAUAAUGUCAUUGUAUUCACUGUGAGCGCUUAAACCUUUCUUUAGUGGACCUUUAUUGUGCCAGACUCUACAAUUAUGUGUUAAUUCAGCGUGGUCUCGUCACUGGUGGUCAGACUGCCAGGGUUUUCAAAUUGAAAAAAAGUAGCUGGAGGAAAUUGCAAAGUAGCCGGAACACUAUCGGCAACCUUGUGGAGUGGGGGGAGCAACCCCGCCCCUUCUGCCGAGAGGAAUGGGGAGCUUCCCCUGGAAAAUUUAAAAACCAGGGUUCCUUGAUUAAUGAACUUUAUUCCCUUGUAUGUUUUGCACCUGUAACUGAUUUUGUUGACCGCCACUGUACACUUAUUAACAAGGGUUAGUGUUCAAACUUUGUAAAAUUAGUUGCUUUCAAAGUAAUAAAGUUUUGCAAAAAUGGCCAGGAAUGCUUCUACAUUUUGCAUGAGUACAGUACUUAUUACGUUAUUUGACUUCUUGUAUCUCCAAUUGAAGUGCAAUAUAAAACUGAACUGUAAUAUAAUACCAUGAUUUCAUCAUUUGCGUACAUGUAAGUUAAAGAUAAACAGUUUAACAGUCGAUCAGUUUUGAAAGAGAGCUGCAAAUGAAUCAACGGAAUAACGAAAUAUUGCCGUAAAGUGGCAAGUAUUAUCACAACAAAGUCAGCGGUCUCGCUUCGUUUCUUCUUCGAUUCGCUGCAAUUCGCAGUUUUUCUCAACACUUGCGCUGUUGAAGCCUUUUUUUGUUAAAACUUCCUUCGGUCUUUUCUUGAAAAUACAUUUGGUGCAGUCAAGACCAUAAUGAGUAACAUUUCACGAGAAAGACUGCCUUCGCAUUCACCACGUGGAUGCCGCUACAGCUACGGAUACUGGUCAUUUCAGCCUCAGCAUAUUGUUUUAUCGUCACUUUCAGAACUGGAACAACACGUAAUAUUUGUUAACUCUUAUUCCUAAAAUUAUUGUUACCUGUUUCUCUUCGAGACUUCUCCGCAGUUGAUAGAAAAGACAACAUCGUUUGCUGCCUCCGCUUCAUGUUGCAACUUUCGAGUGAGAACAAAUCUGCUGCCGCGCCGAUACAUGCACGUUCAAAUAAGAGUCCGUGCACACGAGCAGACUUUCCCGCCAAAAAAAGCUCUCGCUUCGAAGAUCAGAAGGUACAUGUGAUUAUAGCCACACUGUUUUUUAAUUAUUUUCAGCAGUUGGCGUUUAUUUAUUUCCUCAAAAAGAUCAGAUCACGAUUAGUUUGGUGAAACAGAAUUGUGUAGAUUUGGAAUACAAAAAGUACCCGGCGCAAAUGCUUGAAGUAGCCGGUGACUUGCGCCGGGCGCCGGUUAAAUUUGAAAACCCUGGACUGCGCAUAUAUCGUGUUUUUCGUAGAACCGUGGGGUUGACCAUCUUAACGAGGAAGCAACUCUUACAGCUGCACAUCUCUUCAUAGAUCGAAAGCAGUAACCAUGGUAGUCUUAAAAGUUACAGAGAUAAAAAUUUAAACAGAGCCACAGUAGCUGGAUAGGACGUGUUUCUGAUUGGCUGCUUAGAUGUUAUACUCGUGCUGUCAUAACGAGUGAGUGAUUAAUUGGGAGCUGUUGUGAGCUGUAAAAUGUUCAAAUGACUUGCUCGAUCUGAUUCAAAUUGAAGCGCUAGGGAACUUGAUUGUGUAGUCGGUGCCAUUGUCUUAAGAUGAGAAGACACUGCAUGCGAUGUCAGUACCCUUUUAUUCCCAGAAGUGGCCAAAAUGAAAAUUAAAGAAAAAUAUCCAAAUUUCUUUUUGCUGAAUGCUGAACAAGAAAUAGCACCAUGUGAAAGUACUGCCAAGGAGGUUUCAUAUGAAUAGUCACACCAAAGGAUUUGGUCCACAGACUCAAAAGUUGCAACUACAGUACAUACUAAAUAAAUAGUACCAUGUGAGAGUACUGCUGAAGAGGUUUCAUUUAAAUGGUAACACCACAGGAUUUCAUCCACGGACUAAAAAGUUAGAAAUACAUACCAAAUAAAUAGUACCAUGUGAAAGUACUGCAAAAGAGCUUUAAUUUGAAUGGUAACACCUCAAACUCAAAUGUUAGAAACACCUUUCAAGACUCCAUCAUUAACUCUGUGGGUGAAAGAGUGUAGGGAAAGUUCAUAGUUUUUAAGCUGCGUUCGAUCAUCUGAUCUACACUCACCAACCUCCCUGUUUACAUUAUGAUCCCUGUAACUUUUACCGACGAAGUCUGAUGACCGCUUAGUGCAUGACACUCGAAUACAUAACUGUCUUUAAUUAAAUUUUCCAUUCCAAAAUUUCUCAAUAAUGAAUACUGAAUAAAUAGUUAAUAAUCCUCCCCUAGGUGGUGGUGUUCAAAUAAUUUCUUACUGCAUUCAUUUUCUUAACAACAAAUGUCAUUUUUCAACAGUGAGCACUGCACAGUCGAAUACAAUGGCGAUGCAGUGGUUCUUUACCCCAAAGCAGCCUUGUGUUCCGUGGAUGGUAUUCCAAUCUCUGAGCCCACCAGGCUACCCCAAGGUACGUAAAAUGUUUCCUUUCAAAAGAAAUCAAGAAUGUGUUUGUGGAGAACGAUUCAUCUAAAAAGCUCGAGUUCUCCUGUCCCUAUCCUUGAGAGGCGUGGAUUGCACACUACCCCAUCACUUAAAACAGACGCUUCAUAAAUAUCAACGCGCCAAAAAUUCGCGUUCGUUUAAGGUGCGUCAAUUUUUCAGUGUUGACGCUAACUUCCGUACCAUUUAAUUAAGUGGAGCGGUCAUUUCCGCGACUUGAAAGUUCUCUUAAUUUCAAAUACAUAAAUUGGAACGAGCGUUAAUUUCCCCGUAAUAAGACAAGUUGUCCCCCUUCAUACCCCCGGAGAGGAAGCCUUUACGUGUUCAGAUUAGUCUUUGGUUUAUCGAGCAAAUGACAUGUUAUUUACUCGCGUGUGCUGUACUAUUUUGUCACGAUAUCCUGCAACACACCAGCCGUGGAGUUUUAAAGUAGGUAGAGCUCAUUCUUGCUUGAUUCCUUCUUUUUGCUUGGAAGUUAUAAAAUCUAAAGUUAUUUGUCUUCGAACAUCUUGGGUUCUUUAGACCUAUGCACAUUGCUUUAUCAUUCCUCGGUAACUUUGUUUAUAUAUUUACGCUUCUAAUCAUCCACUCCCGCCAAAAGUGUUCAAGUUAAAUGUAAAAACCUAUUCACUCUGCUAAUUCCCUAUUAACUCUAUCACCAAAGAACUAGUAAUAUUGUUUGCAAAUAACCGUAAAAUCAGACUGGUGUACUGCGUAAAGAACCUGCUUAAAUCAGUGUGUUACAUUUGCGUUAUCCCUCACAGUUUUGAUCACCGCUUAUGAUAUGUAAAAUAAUCCUUGAUUUGAACUGGUUCAAGUAUCAGUCUUUUUGUUCACGACUUGUUUCCAUUUUAUUGUUAGGUUUUUAUUUUCAGUUUCUGCCGUUAAACUUCUCUUUGAGUGUAGAAAUUGAAAUUAACAACAACCCAAGAAGUAAAUUUAACUUUGUAAUUGCCUUUUCUGAUUUUUCAUGGUCAGGUCUAUCACUCACGGUCUGUAGUGUACUUGGGUUUGCUUGUAGACUGCAAAACGUCGUUAAAUCUACCAAAAGAGUUGAAAAUAUAAUGCACAUUUCACUUCUGGGUUGGUCUUGCUUUUAACGUUGUUUCACAAAACCGCCUUCUGAGUAAUUUGAAAUCUGUUUACUAUGAACAGUGUUAGGCCAUACUUGGCGCAAAAUAGAAAGAGCAUUGAUUUACGCUCGUGUAUGAAGUCCACUGCUUUCAACGCGGUUUAAAUAAUAACGACUCUAACUUCCGGUUAGUUUUCUCUGCAUUUUUCUCAGUCGAUUUUUUAUUAAACCUUUUACCUUUCCAUGCUGGUAAAAUUUAUUAUUAAUUUGCUUUGUUGUCUUGGAAACUCAUGUCUUUUCUUCAACUGAUGUGAGCCUAAAUUUAGCUCAGGCGGCGAUUGAUUGCUUAACGCUGUGACACGUACAUGUGUUUACUUGUACUUUACGAAGAAACUGUUUUUAGACUCGUGGUUCAACACCUGUAUGACAAAGGUCUUGUCAUCGACAAUAUUGCUUGACUUUUGAUCACGCUAUCUUUAAGCCUGUAUUGGACUUCCGUACCUCUAAGCUUUCUGCCAGUGCUUUAGUCAGGAUCUCCUGUUUGGGUUCGCGAGGAAAUGUUUAUGACCAACCGAACUUUCAAUGGUCUCGGUUUGGUUUCAGAUUAUUACCUCCUGCGAAAAAAAACCUUCAUCAAUUAACUGAAAGAGAAUGGCAUAGUUUUUUUGCGUUGUUCUUCUUUUCUUCGUAGUCGUAAUGCAAAAUCCUAAUGGGUGACUUUUCCAAACUAAGUGACUACGAAGCUUUUUGUUUCAAUGAAAAAGGUGGGAAAAUUGUAAAAUUUUGUCAGGUCCGUGAUUUGGUGCACUCGGCCAGUAUGUUUUCUCGGUCAAGUAUCAGUCGAGGAAUUUUCAAGAAUUUAUUUUAUGUUGUAGUUAAUCCACUGAGUCUUCAUCACGCGCAAUGUUUUCCUAUUUUUUAGGUUGCAUGAUUUGCCUGGGAAAAUCCAACUACUUCCGGUUCAAUCAUCCCAGAGAAGCAAAGAGAAUCAAGGAGUCGAAUCCAGGCAACAGAUUCUCCAUUGUUCCAGAUCAAUACUACCCAGGUAUGCCAAAAAGGACCUCGAUCCGAAGAGAAACGUUUUGUUGUUAGCACGGUCUAACAGCGACACAUUUAGCUAUAUUCAUAGUUUUUUCCCUUGGUACUUUGAACUUGUUACCUUCCAGGUUGAAUGUAAAGAUUGUAUACUUUUUUGAAUAAACAAGCAUCGUAUCGGCUCACGAUUUAGUCACUUGUGAUGUAGUUCAAUUGCUUUCUCCUUCUCCGCAAAGAUCUCUUUGUGUCACUGGAAAACUGGGAGAGGCGAAAACAAGCGCGCGCGUGGUUCAAGGGAAGGGGAAAGAGGAGGAAUGAGGCUCCCACCUUUUCGCUCCAUUCCCUUCGUCCCUCGCGCGCUUAUUUUUUAAAUUUUUUCUCUUUUGCUAAAAAAGAUCGUUUUCGCUCUCGUGGUCAGCGGCUAUGCAAAUUUGUUGGAGCAAAAGAAAGCUAUUUCACGAGAAAAAAAGUUCAAUCCCCGGCCUGAUUUUUUUAGUACACCAACAUGGCCGCCGCGGUUUCAUUGUUUUGUACACGAUAUAGCCGCCGUUAAUACGUCAUGUGAAAUGUUCUUUACGGGAGCCUCUGCGGCGGAAAUAGAAUCAUUUGCGACCUACAUGUACAUCACAAGUAACCACGUCGAGAAACGAAAGAUGAAAACCUUUUCCAUUAUUUUAGUUCGCCUCGAUGAAUUUGUAACGAUUUUUGCUAUAAUGAUCCAGUCUUUUUCCAAAGAUGCUUCACUUCAAUUUCGCAAACAUUUGCCCUUUUCUGUCUCCAGAUGUGGAGCUCGCCAUUGAACAGUAUAAAAAAGACAAACAAGAAAGAGAAAGACUCCAAAAAGAAAACGAACGUCUGCUGUCCCUGGAACACGAGUACAAGGAGGCUGUGGAGCGAAUCGAGUUUGAAAAAACGCAACUCGAAGAGGAGCGUCGACAGUUACAAGAGAUGGAAGAACAGCACAGACAAGCUGUCGAGAGCUUUGAGGAGGAGAUCGCAGUGCAGAUUGUAGAACUGGAAAGACAAAGAAAGGAACUUCGACACUUUGAAGAGGAGAAAGAAAAGCUCAUGAUUCUACAGGAAAAAUAUGAAGAGAAUGUCAGGAAACAAGAACAGGAACGCUCAAACAAGGAGAAAAGGUUGGUGUUGUAAGGGUCCUAUGGGUCCAUUUCUCGAAAACCCCGUUAGAAAAAAAGGCCCCUUUGAUAUUUCGGCCCCUAUGAUUUGAAUUCAAAUUCUAAACAAUGGUAACGCUAGCCUCGUAGGGAUUUGUCACGCAUUCCUCCUUUUGUGUUGGAGGAAUGUAUGACGAAUCCCUAAGGACGUCUGCGAGGGAGGCUGGUAGCUAUGGUAACGCGGGCUCGAGCCCAAAAAACCAGCGCAAACUGUUCCAUUAAGUUAGAGUUUUAUUGUAAAAUGACCCCUAUUACUCUUAGAUCUUUAAAGAGUCAACAUUGAUCCAAUGCUCCCAGCAUGAGUCGAACCUAUGACCUUCUGGUUUUUACUUAAGACCAACUGCUGUUUCACUGAACUACAGGAGACUCGUGGGUCGUAAGAGCUAAAGCCAUUAGCCCUUUAAGAUCAAAAUUUGAAUUCUCAUUUGUUGCCCCUAUUCAUUUCCUACAGAAGUAGUUGGGAGAAGUUGAUAAAAUAUCAGGCAAAUUGUGUGAUCGUGUCUGUAAUUCUCAUGAUCACUCUGUUUUACAAAGCAUUGAUAUUACAAGGAGAAAUCUGAUGCUGAUCACUCUCAGGGCUUAGGGGGUUGAACGCGAUUCAUUUGACGAGCAUCCUAUAUACUACUAAGCUGACGAACUAUCUCUAAGGGGCAGUGCCUUGGGAAUUCUCCCAAUAUUUUGAACAGAAAUAUGCUUAAAUCAUAUUUUAUUUCAUUUUUUCACUUAAAUUAACUUAAAUCCCCCAUUGAGCCCCUUCCUCGGAGGGGGGAGGGGGAAGGGGUCAUUUCUUUCAAGCACGUUUGAAGGGGGAUGGGGUGGGACGUUAUAGAGAGGAGGGGCUUAUUUGAUUAUUUAUGUUAGCGAGGAUGCUGGUAUCAAUUCUCCAUAAAAUUUAGAGCGCAAAGUGAAAAAGCUCAGGCGCAUGAAGGUCAUACACGCGAAGAUCAACAAACAAAUCCGAACUUCCAGCACGUGAAUAAAUCGUGCCGCACGUGAAGUGUUACAGUCGUGAUUGAUUAAAAUACAGUCUAUCAUUUGAGAAUAAAGUGGCGGGGAAGGGGGGGGGAGGCUUAAAAGAGACGUGGGGGGGGGGGCUUAUUCACUUUCCUCCCCGGAAAAGGGGAGCUUAAAUGAGUGGAGGGCUUAAUAGAGGAUUUACUGUAGAUGAAGUCAAUUUUACAUUUUUCACGAAGGAUGGGACACAACAAAUUUUUACCAGUUUCAUCGAAGAAACAAAAGAAAAACUCGAAAAUACGCGGUCGACUCUUUGAAAUGUAUAUUUCCGUCUUUUUCAUCCACGACCGAAAACAUGAUACUUACUUUCCCGGCACUAGAGUUCAUUGAAGUCUCCUUUAGAUUUGAAGGGGUCACUAAAAAUAGAUACGGUUUCCUUUUUCAAUUAAUGUAAACGUUGCCCCAUAUAGAGAGUUUUCCGGACCAGAAGUGUUGUUUAGCCCCUGGAUGGUGACUAAUAAGCUAAACAGGGAUCUUUCGUGAAUUUCACGAGCAUGCUUUAAGCCUGUAUUGAAUGUCUUGACAAAAAUAGAAGCAAGAAUCGCCAAAGGAUUACAAAAAAUAAGAAAUAUGAGCUGGAGAAUUUACUCAAAAUUUCAUGUAAAUGGCCAUUUCGAUAUCUGCCGAAAUGAAAUUUGUGUGACUCUGAUGGGUUCUUGUAUGACUCGAUUAUGUUAUUUACUCCGGAUAUUCUACCGAUAACUUCCGCCUGUAAUCUUACACGUGCCAUCUUAAAAUGUUUUGCUUCGUUGAAUCUAGUUUACUUUAUAUCUGGCUCUCUUCACUUACUCAUUGUAUAAAUUCUUUAACUGAAAUGUCGAAAUUUUGUUGUGAAACAUUGUACUUAGCAAGGAUUGUCGUAAUCAGUCCCUUUGUGAUUAGUCACAAGUUAUUGAUGACGUCAGUUCAUAUUGUGCCUGGCACGCGAUCUGGGUCAAGAUUCGAGUCUAAGGUUUUACAUUGACUGUCAAACGUAAUCAACUGUUUAUCUAAACUUGAGGUUUCUAACGAGAGUUAACUCAAACCUCUUCAGUUAUUACUGAAUGGGUUUAUCAUGCUCCAAUCCGUCUUGGAAAAGGUAAUUCUUAGAGCAGACAUUGUUUUUUUUUUUUUGAUCGGUGCAGUUGCUUGACAAACCGGCCACAACACAUUCAAGUCUUAAAAUAGUGUCGAGCAUCUCCAUUUUCAAUGACCUAUAAUUUGGAUUUGAAAAUUUAUAGAACUCUCAAGUAAAAUGACAAGUUUCGUGCAACAAAAGCUUUGGGAAUACGCCAAGAAUAUGAUUGCUUGAACGAGAGGGGAUAAUGUAUAAGACUUAAAGGUUUCUAAUGUAGUUUCAGAAAUUUUGCAAGUAAGUCAGCUUAUGACGGUAUUGUUGUUGUUUUGUAGGCGACAAGAAGAGUAUGAGAGACUUAAAGCCAUGAAGGCAAAACUAGAGGGAGAGGAAGGAACGGAGAAAGAGAGAGUAGCCAUCGAGGAGUUAAGACAACAACUUGCCCUUCAGGAGAUAAAUAGCCUGGAAGAGGAAAUGCUGACGUAUGAACGUCAACAACUUGAUAAUGAGCUUAUUGAAGAAGAGCGGAGGAAACUUGAGCAAAUGAAAGAAAGGCAAAGCGAGGUUAUUAAGCAACUUGAAGACGAACUUAAUGCGCAGAUAAAAAUACUGAAGGAGGAAAGAGAGAAGGAAAACUCAAAGAUUGAAAAGGAGAAAGAGAGGAUACAGUUAUUGGAGCAGCAACAACAAGAAGCUCUUAAAACUAUUGAACUUGAGAGAGAACGGCUUGACAAAGAAAGGGAAGAAGAAAAAGUGAGACUCCAAGAAGAACGAGAGCGAUUAAACAAACUGGAGAAAGAACGCUUGGAAAUGCUGGAGAACGCGGCGAGGGAACAAGAACAUGAGAAACAAAUGAUCGAAUCAGAGAAGAAAAGGCUUGUUGAACUUGAAGAACAGCACGCACAGGCCAUGAAAGAAAUUGAAGAGAGCAUGAUUUCGAAACAGGAUAGGAUGGAGCGCGAGCGACAAAUUGAAUUCGAGUUCUUCGAGACUGAGCAACUUCUUCUCGAAGAAUUGGAACAGAAACAACGUGAAGCUGGCCAACAACUUGAGCGAGAAAAGGAGCUCAUUCGGGAACAGUUUGAAAAGGAGCGAGAAGAGGAGCGAAGGAAGCUUGAGGAAGAGCACAGGCGAGUUCAAGAGCUGCAAGCUCAACAACAAGAGACGCUCAGGCAGGCAGAAGAGGAGCGACGCCGACUUCAAACUGAGCUAAAAAAUCAGAGAGAGCAGAUGGCGAAGGAGAAGCAGCGCUUGAUUAAUCUGGAGAAGGAAUAUAAAAAGAUCAGAAAUAAUGGCGCUGAGGCUCCUCCGCUCUUGUCAGCGUUAAAGAUACAGGACGUGUCGCAGCUUGGAAAGGGCUGCUCAUUCCAGGAGCGAAAACAGCGCUUAGAACAAGAAAAGCGCAGACUGAUUGAGCUAAAACGAGAAGCUGAACAUCUGUGGCACGUCAAACAGCAGGAAAGUAGCGCCGAAAGCGGGAGCAGUGGCGACGAAAGAACUCAGGAUAAAACAGCGCUCAAGUUACAGCGGGAGAAGGAAAAGAGAGAGAAACUAGAGCGCCAGUUGGCUGAAGUACAGCAACAAAAGAAUGCAGCAGAAGAUGGUGAAAAGGUGAAGGAGCUUGAAAAAGCGCUAGGAAUGGAACGCACGAGAAGACAAGAGAUGGAAAAAAUUCUCUCUGAAAAGCAGAAGCAGGAGGAGCUGGAGAAGGUCGCCGCGGCUGAGAAAGCUCGCAAGGAAAUGAUGACCGAGAAGGCUAUUCAUGAAAGACUCUCCACAAAGGUAAGGGCGUUCAUAAGAUUUUUUUGUGAUUUCUUCACUCUUUAUUUUGGUGCGUAAUAGAUAACUACCACUUGCAAAAGGGAGUCUAGUGUGCUUAUAAUCUUACUCUCCGACAAAGUUUCCAAAUUUCAUUUUAUGAAAUGCUGAAAAACAAUGCAAAGUGAUAUCAUUAGAAUGGUCAUACUGUAGGAUUUUCUCCACAGUUUCAAAACUUAGAACCAACUUGAAAAAAUCCAUCGUUCACUCGGGGAAUCAUGAAAGUUACUGAGACAUGUCAAAUAUGAGUUCAGCAUUAUAGAAAAACUCCAAUGAUGCAGUACUUAACUAUGAAGGCUAGGGAUUGAGCAUGGCUUACGAUCGAGGAACGUUGCAUUCAUAACAAACGGCAAACUAAGUAUUUCAAGAUGCAGAGAUGGCCAUGUACCUCCCCUCAGACAUCCGUGGUGUAGCCCUACAACAAUACGUUUUUCAUUGCUGAAAAACUUUACUUCGGGUAAAUCCAGACAAUGGAGAUCCUGUUAAACUCGGCCAAAGGUUGUGCUGAAGCUAAGCUCUCUGCUAGUAGGGAGCAGUCAUCCUUUUCAAGUCAAUACGACAGUAGUACCUUUUAAAAGCUUUACUACCUUUUACAUAUGUGGACGAAAUCCCAUAAUGGUACGUAAUAAUGAAACCUCUUUUGCAGAACUUGAGCAUUAUACAAUAUAUUUCUGUGGAAAUUACGAGAAGAAAAUUGGAGUUGUUUGUAUUUUUAGUUUGGCCAGUUUGAAAGGGUAAGAGUACGGGAAGGGAAACAUGUUUGCCCUGUAUUUGUUUUUAAGGGGAAAUCAUGGUCCCCUUCAAAAUAGAUUGUUUAAGGUGUCAUCGUCCUACUGUGCAGCCUGGCUUAUCUUCCGGGUAUGAAGGGUCGGUUAACCAUAUUCACGGAUACGGGUACAGCUAUUGUACCCAGGGCGGAUUCUACCCACACCCCUCCAGCCCAAAUGUUGCAUGUUAUGGUCUCUAAGUUUUUUUGGUCAUCCAUACUGAUUAGAGUUUUUCUUCUGUUUCACGUAACGUAACGCAACAGGUCAAGAACGGCACGUCCCAUCACGAAGAGGACCUCAACCUUGUGCAGCACCUUGUUGCCACUGGUCACGUGUUAGAAAACUGUCCAUCAGUGCGUGUAACCGCCAGCACCUGUAAGGGCUACUUGUCGAAAAUGAGUGGAAAACUUAUCAAAUCGUGGAAAAAGCGCUGGUUUGUACUGGAUCGACAGAAGCGUGCCCUUUGCUACUACGCCGACGAGCACCAGAAAACGCCUAAAGGGAUUAUUUAUUUCCAAGCCAUUCAGGACGUCUAUGUAGACUUGCCCAUGUCAUAUAAGGGCUCUUCCUUAAGGACUACGUUUUGCGUUAAGACUCCCCAGGAAACGUAUUACGUUGCCGCACCUAGCGGGCUGGCAAUGAGUAUCUGGAUUGAUGCUAUUCUCACGGGUAGGGAGGGGGCUGAUUUUAACAACUGA